UGUUCAUAUUAUCUAGCACUAGGGGUACAUAAAAAUAAAUUAGUUUCCGUGCAAAUUACAAUAAUUAAAUUGCCCAUACUACACUUCGUAAAUUGAUAAAUAAUAAACGAAGUUUUUUAGUAAACUUAGUUAUCGUUUGAAGCUGGUGCAUUACUUAUCAACUUAAUAAAUAAUGGAAUCCGUUAAUAAGAAUAGUUUUAUGGGUCUAAGUAUAUUAAUAAUAACAUUCUUCAUUGAUUCGUCUUUAACAACAGAUUUUGAUUACAAGAAUGUUGAUUCCUGGGUACAAAAAUAUCCAAUGUGUGGUGGUCAACGUCAAUCACCAGUACGUGUCGAGGAAGAUCAGGUUGAUUUGUCAGAUUCCGAUGAUAUGAUUUCUUUAGUUAACUACCAUAAUAAACCAUUAAGUGCUACAUUAGUAAACAGCGGUCAUUCCAUACAAGUGAUGUUCGUAUGGGAUGAAAAUAAAACACCUUUUAUGACUGGUGGAGUUUUAGGUGAAACUGAAUAUGUUUUGGAUUCAUUACAUUUCCAUUGGAGUCGUGUUAGUAAUGAAGGUGGGGAGCAUCUUAUUCUCGAUUAUCCUGCUGCAGUAGAGCUCCAUGUUGCCCAUUAUAAUCGUAAAUACGGUAGCAUGAAAAAUGGUUUAAAUUUCACUGAUGGGUUUGCAGUAAUUAAUACCCAAUUCGAUAUUGAUUCGAAACGGCGACGACGCGAUGUGGACUUCGAUUCUUUCAUGGCAUCAAUGGUACAGCCUUCGCCAGCACUAAGUCAAAUUAUAAAUAAUUUAGAAUCGAUUAGCACUCCAGGAUCAAGUGUUGAAAUUGAACCAUUUUCUAUGUAUGAAUUUCAACCUGUUCCAUUAGAAACAUUGACCUACAUAACAUACAUGGGAUCAUUGACUAUUCCUCCAUGUACCGAAAAUGUGUUGUGGUUAUUGAGUACAUAUCCUUAUUUCAUCACUGCAGAACAGUUGAAGACUCUCCAAUCAACAGUUGAAUUUGAUCAUGGAGAUGAUCACAAUAAUCGCGAUAUUCAACCUUCGAAUGAUCGCCAAUUUUCUAUUGCCAGGGCUAUCAGCAGAUCUACUAACUGAUUCUAUUUUAUUGAUGUGUGCCAGAAUUUAUUAAGAAAUAUUUAUAGAUGUUUGGAGUAUUAUUACUGAUGAUAAAUAAAAAUAUUAUAAUUAUUAGGCA